ACUUAUUAAAUAGAUCAAGGCACGUGAUUCAAAAUGACCAACGCACACGGAAAGAGACGAGGUACUCGAUACAUGUUCUCGAGAGAGUACAAGAAAAAUGGAGUUAUACCUAUGAAGACGUACAUGCUGUGUUACAAGAAGGGAGAUUUAGUGGACAUUAAGGGCUGUGGCGCACAACAGAAGGGCAUGCCAUACAAGGCCUACCAUGGAAGAACUGGCCGAGUGUACAACGUCACAAGAGCCGGUUUGGGAGUAAUCGUAAACAAACGAGUCAAGGGUCGAAUCAUCGCCAAGAGGAUCAACGUACGAGUGGAACACGUGAAACCAUCCAAGUCCAGAUUGGAUUUCUUGAACAGAGUGAAGCAAAAUGAAAUCAAGAGGAAGGAAGCGAAGGCAGCUGGCAAGCGGGUGUCACUUAAGAGACAGCCCAAGCCCCCCAAGGGUGCUUUUGAAGUACCCUACAAAAAGGAAGAACUCAUCACUCUUGAGCCUAUUCCUUACGAGUUUGUUUUCUAAACUCAAUUUCUGAAUAGUCAUUUAUUUCGUUUGAAAAAAGUGAAUUCAGUGUUUAGAGAA